UAAUGAGCUAAUCUCAGAAAUGCUGGAGAUCGUCGCAUUGUGCAGCUGUGCUUGUCUCGCGUGUCUCUGGUGCGCUUUGGCUUUCGAAGUAGCGAAGAACAAAUACGGUUGCAGAUGGUGUACUACGCUACGUAAUCCUUGCGAGUGGCGGUGGACGAAGUGCAAAUGUGUUGAACGCGUCUUUCGAAAAAAUCAAACUCAAAGUUCACCGUGUAAAACUUCCUGUUUGUGUUCACGUUCACCUUGUGCCUGUCCGUCGUAUAAGUUCGUAUGUAAAGUGUGUCGUCGUGUAAAGCCGGAGUGUAUCUGCGCGAAAUUCUUUUGGCAUAAUGUGGCAGCGGAUCACAGUUAUGCUAAAUAUCAGACAAAUGUUUCAUAUAAUUCUUUCUUGGACUCAAACUGGAUUUGCCAAGAGACGUCUACAUCAUUGCCUGAACAGGUUCUUCGAGGACGCCAAUUUCAUAAUAAAACAAAACAAACUAAGAAACAGCGACGUUCAAUGCCGAAAUCAAUAUUGCGGAAACAGUGCAUUGAAAAAGAAACUCGAGAUGUAAAAUCAUGUGAUGUCUGCAAACACCGAAUAAAGAAAAAUCUGUGAAUUUUAUAUACGCAAUCAAUGUAAUUGCAAUCUCCUGAGAUUUCAAUUUCUAAAUGAAACCGUCAAGACGGACAGUUUGCAUUCUCUCUACUUAAGUUCACGCACGUGCUCGGCGCUUGUCACGCACCUGAAUAUACUUUAUACUAUACUUACUACAUGAUGUUUGUGUGGUGGGGAACUUAGUUGUAGCCCAGACUUAAAGAAGAGAGGAAUCGCUCCUCUUUGCUUCAAAUAGAUAGAGGUUCUGAAGAAUCGCGGAAGAUAUUUCUUUAAUUGUUGGGCUUUGUUGUGUCGCUUGGAUUUUUUUCUCACAAACUCGACUGGGUGACUUUCAACUUUUGUGCAAAAAACAAAAGAGAUCAUGACGUUGUUACCGCCAACGCCAGCGCAACAGAAACGCAUGAACGCGGAGCUCCCGUCUGAUCCGGAAAUAAGGAAGAAUGAUAUCAGAGUGCUGCGACAAUGGCUCUCCAAGCAGCCGCACUUGCCGAAUCACAUAGACAAUGACAAACUGGAAAGAUUUCUCUACAACUGCAAGAACAACGUCGAGAGAUGCAAAUUGAUCCUGGAACGAUAUUACACCGCUCGCACAUCUCUGCCGGAUUUUUUCGCUGUACGCGAUCCGAUGUCUCGGGACAUUAAGGAGUCCUACGAAGUCGUGAAUUACUUCACCUUGCCAACGUUAACCGAGGAAGGAUAUCGCGUCACUAUCGGCAGCCUAAAUAACUUCAACUCCGACAAAUUCUCGUUACAGGCACUAAUCAGACGUAUUCUAAUGAUACUCGACAUUCGUCUGAAGGAGGAAGUCUGCUUGUCCAAUAUUAUGGUUAUAGAUCUUAAGAAUGUCAGUCCAGCACAUUUAGCAAAAGUCUCUCCGACAUUAUCCACUGUGAGACAAGCGUUGCUGGCGAUACAAGAUUGCAUGCCCUUCCGAUUGCACAGGGUUCACUUUCUUCACACGCCGUCUUACAUCAUCACUUUCAUCAACUUGUUUUUGCCGAUUUUAAAACAAAAAUUACCUCAAAAGUUUAAUUUUCACAAUGGCGGCGGCGAGGAACUAUACGCGUACAUGGACAAAGAAAUUCUGCCCAACGAGUGGGGUGGCAAAGCGGGGACUAUUAAGGAACUCAAUGACGCGUGGCAAGAGAAACUCGAGAAGAACAGAGAUUGGUUCUUGCACGAUGAGAAAUUAAGUCGCACGAACGAGACGGCUCGUUUGCCGGAAUUGAAGUCCUAUUUUCUGAAAGACUUGGAAGGACUGCAGGGUUCAUUCCGAAAACUGAACAUAGAUUAACAAUUUCUUCGAGAUCAUAUUCUUGAGCGAAUAAAAUGAAUUUAUUAAUUUUCAAUAAUGUUAUCUCUCAUACUUCACUUUAUGUUAUGACAAUUGUCUAUUUUAUUAUAUACAACAUUUUUUACUACAAAAUAAUAAUAAU